AUGGCCAUGCAGCACUCCAACAGCCGGGGCUUCGUGGCCAACACAAUGACCGCGGCGGGCGUACUCUGGGAGGGCAACCCCGUCCCACACACGGACCCCGGACGCACCACCCUCUACGUCUUUCUGUGGACCCUCUUCUGUCUGCACUUCAACCCGGCCUACCGAGCAGCACUGGCCAUGGCAAACGUCCACGCCCUGGAAGAACCAGGACCGACCGAACUAGACGACGUAAAGCGGGUCCUUCUGGUGUCUGCUGAGUCAAAGCCCCUGAUGAAGGAAUAUCCCAAACUCGAUAAACUGUUGGCCCUUGUUGAGAUUUGCAACGGACCGUUGAACUGCUCCUCAGAGUUCAUGCGUGACAUGACCGACUCGGCCCUCAUCAUGACAGCAUGGACGUACUGGUGCUUUAAACACAUCAUCCUGGUUGACGAAGAUGGGAAGUCCCUCCUCAAACACCAUGACGAGCCGUUGGCGACCUACCCCAUCAGCGCCAUGAUCGCGAGGGACUCGCCUAUCAUGGCGGCGCUGAACCGCAUCACGGCAGUCGUCUUGCAGUCGGGGCUGGCGAAAACGUGGGGAGUAUACCACCGAAGAAACCUACACAGGAAGUUCGACAUAUACCGAAAGGAAAAUCGACGGUCGAACCAACCGGAUCCCCUCGGCGUACACCAAAUCCUGGGGCCGCUGAGCAUCCUGGCCGCUGGGCUCCUCGCAUCACUGGUUGUCUUCCUCGGCGAGGUGCGGCUUGGCGUGCGCAAGGAGCCACCCCAGGAGCAAAGGGGGGACAAGCUACUGGACCUGAGGUCCCUCAGGUUCGCCAGAGGUGGCGGUGCAACACCUACGCCCUCGCCGACAGAGGCCGCAGGGGAUCCAAGAUGAAACCGCGGAGAGUGCAACCCAGCUGGCUGAUGUCGAAAUAAAGAAGCA